AAUUUUGUGGGAGAACACCCAUCUAAGAGGUUUAAUAAUCUUUUACAAGGAACACAAAUGUUUUAAAAUUUGAAGACAUCUUUGGGUUUAUUCAAAUGUUUAUUUUAACAGAUGAAGAAACAGCAGCCCAGAGAGGAGAAGUAACCCAGAAUUAUUCCGUGGAGGAGCAAGAACAAGAACCCAAGCCUGGACCCUCCUAGGCAGUUCGGGCCUUCUGCAGCUUGAAGGAGCCAACCAUGGAUUUCAGGCGUGUGAAGGACUAUUUCUCCUGGCUCUACUAUCAAUACCAAAUCAUCAGCUGCUGUGCUGUCUUGGAGCCCUGGGAGCAAUCCAUGUUCAAUACCAUCUUGCUAACCAUUUUUGCUAUGGUGGUGUAUACUGCCUAUGUUUUUAUCCCAAUCCACAUCCGCCUGGCUUGGGAAUUUUUCUCCAAAAUCUGUGGCAUUCACAGUACACUUUCGAGUUGAUCUUGGUUGCAUUCUGUGAAUUGGCAGUGCACAUGUAUAUGUUGCUUACAACUCCUUAUUUUAGGUGAUUACUGUGUCUUCUUUCACUUUCUGAUCUAAAAAGCUCUCACUUCUCUAUGCACUCUUAGGUCCUGCCUGAAAUUUGAGAUAGAUGCCUCUUUAGGUUCUUUUGUACAUGUUACAUUGUGCAUCAGACCAAGAUAAUACAAUGACCUUACCUCACGUACCAUAUUUUCUCAACUUAAAUCUAUGACUUUAGUUGUUGUUUUUUUAAAUCAGGAAAUUUCAUAUAAAAUUUUUCUGGAAAGUAGGCUUAUGAGACCUAUCAGAAUCGUGUUUAAAAUAUCUGCUCCCUUGAUACCUAUUCUAUACUAAAGGAUAUAUUUUUAAAAAUGUGUUCAUAGGCUACUGUCAAAAGUAUCAGAUCCUUGUUUACAAUAUAAAGAUGUGAAUAAAUUAUAUGGGCCCCCUAAAGUAUUGGUUUUUUUUUACUCAACUACUGAUACCUAAAAUCCUCUUACUUCAAGUGCAAAAGAAUAGGCUGGAGGCAAUUAUCUGCUUUCAGACAUGGUUCCUGAAUCACUUCAAAUGCCUCUAAAAGUCUGGCUUUAUAACAAUUUAAAAUCAACAAUGUUGAUUUUAGAUAACCCAGUAGGUAUCAUAAUACAAAAUAAUUUUUACGUAUAAGAAACAAAAUAUAAUCAGAGUAAAU